AUGCGCUUUGUUAUCGCUUCGUUUAGGGUCCUUGUCAUUCUCGCGUGGACAUUCGAUGGAUCAACUGUCAAAGCUGAGGUCGUUGCAGACAACCCGACUGCCAAACGAGAUAACGAGGAGAGGACUGGUAGCAUUUGGUCAUCUCUACCGGAUGCAUGGAAGGUACUGCACAUAGAUGAAUGGAUUCGGGAGCAACUAAAUCUGGAAGGUGCUCUCGGGUAUGGCGGGAUCGAAAAACAGACGGGGAAGCUGAUCAUUCAUAAGAAUCCUGUUCCUUGGCCCCGCGGGUCCCGAACACGUGGUCACCCCAUUGGCAGAGAUCAGGUGGUCAACAUUCUACCACAAUCUGGACGAGUUCAAAAGCGUAUCGAACUUCUCCACGCUCUUCGACGCUACUCUGCUGACAAGAGCUACGCGGACAAGAUGCAAAGCAGGUUACUUGCGAAACGCCCAGAAUACUCGCCACAAAUGGCCAUCACGUGGCUAAGAUCAGGAGUGAGUCCUGAUGAGGUCUACAAAAUGAUGCCAAUUGGAGCGGAGGAGAGUCUGAUGGAUUACGUCACGACGACUGAUGAUGUGGACGUCCUCGUUCAUGCGCUUUUGCAGUGGGACGCGUACGUUGAUCUGUACCGGUAUUUUGGUUACGCCUAUAGUUUCGAGGCCGAAAUGAAGCGGAUGGAAAAUUACAGAAAGUUUAUUUCAUCGUACAGGCCACCGCUAAGACCAAUGAUGGCCUGA